UCCGGCAGUUUCAGUUUAGCGUGUAUGUUUGUUUCUGAUGUGAUGACGGUCAAUAAAAAUACCUUGGAGUUAGCAAACUGCGGAAGAAAAAUAUUUUAAAAUGUAUUUUGUUUUAUGAAAAUAUCAAAGAAAUAUGAAAAACUGAUUGUUGAGUGAGUGAUUGAAACGAUUUGUCGUUGUGAACGUCUCGUCAAAAUGGGUACGUCCGCCGAGGGUGAGAACAAAUACGCCGGAAACACCCGAGCCAGGCGGAAUGCGAAUGACUUCAUGUUUGGUAAAUUAAUAGGCGAAGGCAGCUUUAGUGUAGUUUAUUUAGCUAAAGAUGUACACACAUCUAAAGAAUGGGCAGUAAAAGUCUGCGAAAAAAGGCAAAUUAUCCGCGAGCGUAAGCAGGAAUAUGUGAAACGUGAACGAGAAGCACUUAAUAGAUUAAGCGGUCUACCCGGAUUUCUUAACUUGUUUUGUACGUUUCAAGAUUCGUCAAAGUUAUAUUUUGUGAUGACUUUUGCUAGGAAUGGAACAUUAUUGCAAUUGAUGGAGAGAGUGAAACAAUUCGACAUGGACUGUGUUCGAUUUUAUUCAGCGCAAAUUCUACACGCAAUCGAACAAAUGCACGAGCAUAACAUUAUACACAGAGAUCUAAAACCAGAGAAUAUACUGUUAGACGAAAAAUUUCACAUUAUGAUCGCAGAUUUUGGAUCAUCUCGCAUAGAUGGCAUGAAACAUGAUAAUAUAAGUAGUGACGAGAAGGAGGAAAGCGCAUCUGAAUCUGACGAACAGUCCGCUCCGUCGCAGCGAAAACGUCGAAGCUUUGUGGGAACAGCGCAGUAUGUUUCACCUGAAAUCCUCAAAGGGAAAGAUUCUACAAAGGCGUCAGACAUAUGGUCCUUUGGAUGCAUUUUGUAUCAAAUGAUAGCAGGGUUUCCGCCCUUUCAAGGACCCAAUGAUUAUUUGAUAUUUCAGAAGAUUACUAAGCUAGAAUUAAUCUUUCCAAAUGACUUUGACCAUAUCGCUGCUGAUUUGAUUGAAAAGCUUCUCGUAUUGAAUCCCCAGAAAAGGUUAGGCGUAAAGGAUAAAUCGCCGUACGAUAGUAUACGAAACCAUUUAUUCUUGGAAGGUAUAGACUUUUUAUCAAUACGGAAGAUGAGUCCACCAUUUUUAAUUUCUGCUCUAUUAAGUGGUGAAUGUACCAAAGAAGACUCUACCCUCGACGUAUAUGACUUCCCGGAUAACAUAAAGCCUGGUUUAGAUAAUGAACAAAUUACAAGAUUGCUAGGACAAGAUUGGUUGAAAAUCGGAACACCAUCGACGGAGACUAAUUCAUCAUCAGUGGAUAAAGUCUUGAAAAUCCCUGCUAGCGAUGAUGAAAAGUCCUCAAUGCUAGAAGAGCAAGAAUCCGACGAAUGGCAUACAUUUGCCGAAGGGGAACUGAUUCUUAAGAAAGGUUUUGUAAACAAACGAAAGGGAGCCCUGUAUGUGCCGAGGAAACGAAUGCUGCUGCUCACUACCGGUCCGAAGCUGAUUUACAUUGAUCCCGUGCAGAUGGUUAAGAAAGGCGAAAUCCCUUGGAGCGAUAAGCUGCGAGCAGAAGCAAAAAAUUUUAAAAUGUUUUUCGUACAUACGCCUCAUCGAACUUAUUACUUAGAGGAUUCUCAAGGUUAUGCGCUUAAAUGGUGUCAAGCAAUACAAGAAAUGCAUGAUAAAGUUUACAAAAAAUAAAUAAUUCAAUAAUUAAAGCGUAACUUUCAAUGUAGUGUAAUUAUUAUAAAUGCAACUGAUUGAAA